UCUCUCCAUCCUCAGCAGCGGAGCGGCUGGAAGGAGAAGGAGGCGGAGGAAGCGGAGAGGUUGUGUCAGGUGGCAGCGGGACCUCUAUGGAGAUCAUCAUCGGCUCCACCGACAGCGUCUCCCGGCCGCCGCUCACCGCCGCAGCCGCUCUGCGCCCUUUAGGUCUCUGGGAAGGGGGAGCCGCUCCUCUCGUCACCCCCAGAACAGAAACCGUCCUCCGGUAGCAAUCGGUGCCGAUCGUGAGGAGAGGGGGAGACCCUGCUGGAAUAAAAAAAAAAAAAAAAAAAUCCCCAAAAAACCGCGGAGCCUCUAUUGAUGAAGCUCCUCAUCGAUCCGACCCAGCGACGUCUUGGACAUAAGAGGAGGACAAAACCGAGCAGAAAGCCGCAGCUAAAGGGCGUCGGGCGCGAUGGCUAAUGCCUCCCCAGACCUGGACAACGCCGAAGCCCAGCGCCAGCUCAACAACAACAACCGACCAAUCAGCUCUGGGUUCUGGGAGACGGAGUGCACGAGCUCCAAGCUGUUCGAGUGUUCGAGGAUUAAGGCCCUGGCAGAUGAGCGGGAUGCGGUGCAGAAGAAGACGUUCACUAAGUGGGUCAACUCCCAUCUGGCCAGAGUUUCCUGUCGCAUCUCGGACCUGUACAACGACCUGAGGGAUGGAUAUAUGCUCACCAGACUGCUGGAGGUCCUCAGUGGAGAGCUGCUGCCGAGGCCUACACGGGGCCGUAUGCGGAUCCACUGCCUGGAGAACGUGGAUAAAGCCCUGCAGUUCCUCAAAGAGCAGCGAGUUCACCUGGAGAACGUCGGUUCUCACGACAUCGUGGACGGAAACCACCGACUCACGCUGGGCCUCAUCUGGACCAUCAUCCUUCGCUUCCAGAUCCAGGUGAUCAAAAUAGAGACGGAGGACAACCGAGAAACUCGUUCGGCCAAGGAUGCUCUGCUGCUCUGGUGCCAGAUGAAGACUGCAGGGUAUCCUGAGGUCAACAUCCAGAACUUCACCACCUGCUGGAGAGACGGCCUCGCCUUCAACGCCCUCAUCCACCGACACCGACCCGACCUGAUCGAGUUCCACAAACUCACUCGGUCCAAUGCAACCCACAACCUCCAGCAAGCCUUUAACAUCGCCGAACAGCACCUGGGCCUCACCAAACUCCUGGACCCAGAGGAUGUGAACACAGAGAACCCAGAUGAGAAGUCCAUCAUUACCUACGUGGUCUCCUACUACCACUACUUCUCCAAGAUGAAGGCUCUUAUUGUGGAGGGGAAGAGGGUUGGCAAGGUGCUGGACAACUGCAUCGAGGCAGAGAAGAUAAUAAACCGCUAUGAAGCUCUGGCCUCAGACCUGCUGGACUGGAUAGAAAAGACCAUCGCCGUCAUCAGCAACCAGAAGUUUGCAAACUCUCUGACUGGAGUUCAGCAGCAGCUGCAGGCCUUCACCACCUACUGCACUAUAGAGAAGCCCAUCAAGUUUCAGGAAAAGGGGAAUCUCGAGGUCCUCCUCUUCACCAUCCAAAGCAAACUCAGAGCCAAUAACCAGAAACCCUAUGUGCCUCAUGACGGGAAGCUCAUCUCAGACAUUAACAAGGCCUGGGAGAGGCUGGAGAAGGCGGAGCAUGAGAGGGGUGUGGCUCUGCGGAAGGAGCUGAUUCGUCAGGAGAAGCUGGAGCUGUUGGCUCAGCGCUUUGACCACAAAACCACAAUGAGGCAAGCCUGGCUCAACGAGAACCAGAGACUCGUAUCACAGGAUAAUUUUGGCUACGACCUACCGGCAGUCGAGGCAGCGAUGAAGAAACACGAGGCCAUUGAGGCGGACAUAGCCUCGUACGAAGAACGAAUUGGCGUAGUUGUGGAACUUGCUGCAGAGAUGGAGUCAGAAGGAUACUACGACAUCCGGCGCAUCUCGGCUCGUAAAGAGAACAUUUUGGGUCAGUGGAGUCUGCUGAAGGAGCUGGUGGCUGGAAGGAGGACUCGGCUGGAGAAGAAUCUGUCCUUACAGAAGACUUUCCAGGAUAUGGUCUACAUGAUUGACUGGAUGGAGGACACACAGGUCCAGCUGCUGUCGAAGGACUUUGGGAAGCAUCUUCUGGAGGUGGACGAUCUGCUGCAGAAACACAGUUUGCAGGAAGCCGACAUCGGCAUACAGGCUGAGAGAGUCGAGACGUUAAACACUGCUGCGCUCAAAUUCACCACAAUAGAAGGUUACCAACCAUGUGACCCACAGGUGAUCUGUAACCGGGUCAACCACGUGUCUUCCUGUCUGGAGGAGCUGAAGCAGCUGGCGGCUAAAAGACGCUCUGAGCUGGAAGAGUCGAGGCAGCUGUGGGCGUUUUUUCAGGAGCUGGAGGAGUCAGCAGCCUGGAUCCGGGAGAAGAGCUCCAUCCUGGGAGCUCAGGGUUAUGGGAAGGACCUGAGCAGCGUGCUGAGGUUACUGCAGAAACACAAGACUCUGGCUGGAGAACUGCUGGCUCACCGCUCGCUGCUGCAGAACACCAUGAAGCGAGGGAAGCAGAUCCUGAGUGAGAAGAGCUUCGGCACCGCGGGGAUCCAGGAGCACAUCAUGGAGGUGAAAGGCGAGUGGAAGCGACUGGAGGACCAGGCGGCGCAGCGGCUCGGCCACCUGCAGGAGGCGCUCAACUUCUUCCAGUUCUCCACGGAGACGGACGACCUGGUGGCCUGGCUGCAGGACGCCUACCGCCUGGUGUCCAGCGAGGACUUCGGCCACGACGAGUACUCCACCCAGUCGCUGCUGAAGAAGCACCGAGGGGUCAGCGAGGCCGUCGACAAGCACCGUCUGCAUGUGCUGGCGCUGCGCAAACACAUGGUGGCGCUGCCUCUGCGGUACCGAGACCAGGAGGAGGUGCAGGUGAGGAUGGGGGAGGUGGAGCAGCUCUACACGGAGGUGGCUGAGGUCGCCGUCCUCCGGCAGCAGUGGCUCCACGACGCCCUCGCCGUCUACCGCAUGUUCAGCGAGGUCAACGCCUGCGAGCUGUGGAUCGACGAGAAGGAGCAGUGGCUGGACAAGAUGGAGAUCCCAGAGAGGCUGGAGGACGUGGAGGUGGUGGCUCACAGGUUCGAGAGCCUGGACCAGGAGAUGAACAGCCUGAUGGGAAGAAUCCUGGACGUUAACCAGAUCGUUCAGCAGCUCCUGGAUGGAGGUCAUCCAUCUUCUACCGAGGUCAGAGGAUGUCAGGACCACCUCAACUCCAGGUGGAACAGCAUCGUGGAGCUGGUGGAGCAGAAGAAGGACCAGCUGGACUCCAUGCUACGCCUCCAGAACUACCUGCUGGAGUGUGCAGAGAUCAAGUCCCAGAUCCAGGACAAGAGGAAAGCCAUUGACGCCACCCAGUACGUGGGCAGCGACCUGGGAGGAGUCCUGGCUCUGCAGAGACGUCUGUCCACCAUGGAGGGAGCUCUGUCCGUCCUGGAGCCCAAACUGCUGCAUCUACAGGAAGAGGCGGAGCACAUGGCCACGGCUCACCCGGGUCGAGCCAUAGACAUUCUGGUGCCGUUCGAUGGCAUCAGUGUGGAGUGGGAGGAGCUGAAACGGACCCUGCAGGGAUGUGAGGACUCGCUGAUGGUGGCCAGCAGACUGCAGAGCUUCAUACAGGACCUGGACUCAUUCCUCACCUGGUUGGUUCAGACUCAGACGGCUGCUGCCUCCGAUCAGCUUCCCAACGAUCUGGAGGAGGCAGAGAGACUGAUCAACAAACACGCUGCUCUUAAAGAGGAGAUCGGACGGUAUGAGGAGGACUACGAGCGUCUGCAGGCCAUGAACGAGCUGCUGGAGUCGGAGGAAGCUCCUCUUCCUCAGGCCGCCCUGCAGCAGUGGCUGCAGAAGCUGGACGUCGGCUGGAACAAGCUGCUGGAGAUGUGGGAGAGCCGGAGAGAAGUUCUGGUCCAGGCUCACAUCUUCCACCUCUUCCUGAGAGACGUCAAACAGGCCGAGUCCUUCCUCAACAACCAGGAGUCGGCGUUGGCCCACGUGGAGCUUCCCACCACGGUGGAAACGGUGGAAGGCGCCAUCAAGAAACACAAAGACUUCACCACCACCAUGGAGCUCAACCUGCACCGGAUCAAAGCCGUGAUCGAAGCUGGAGAGAGUCUCAUCAGCCAGAACAACAUCUACUCCGAACGAAUCCGCGAGAGGAUCGACGCCCUCGCCAACAGGGGAAACCAGAACAGAGAACUGGCCCAGCAGUGGCUGGAGAAGCUCAACGACCAGUGGGAGCUUCAGAGGUUCCUGCAGGACUGUCACGAGCUGGGGGACUGGGUGUGCGAGAAGAUGCUGAUGGCGAGGGACAGCAGCCGAGACGAGACCCAGAAGCUUCACAAGAAAUGGCUGAAGCACCAGGCGUUCAUGGCCGAGCUGGCCCAGAACAAGGAAUGGCUGGACAAGAUUGAGAAGGAGGGCCAGCAGCUGAUCCAGGAGAAGCCGGAGCUCAGCCCGGUGGUCCGCAGGAAGCUGGAGGAGAUCAGGGAUUGCUGGCAGGACCUGGAGAGCACCACCCAGGCCAAAGCCCGGCAGCUGUUCGAGGCCAACAAGGCCGACCUGCUGGUGCAGAGCUACGAGAGCCUGGACCAGAGGCUGGGCCAGCUGGAGGGCCAACUGGCCUACGUGGACCAGGGUCAGGACCUGACCACGGUCAACAAGCAGCUCAAGAAACUGCAGACGAUGGAGACCCAGAUGGAGGACUGGUACAAGGAGGUGGGGCAGCUGCAGGUGCAGGCGUCCUCCAUCCCGCAGCAGACGCAGGUGAAGGAGACGGUUGCCGAGCGACAGGCGGCCGUGGAGGCCCGGAUGGUCCGUCUGAUCGAGCCGCUGAAGGAGCGGCGACGCAUCCUGCUGGCGUCCAAGGAGGUUCAUCAAGUCGGACGAGACCUGGAGGACGAGAUUUUGUGGGUCCAGGAACGCCUCCCCAUGGCCAUGGCUCAGGAACAUGGAUCCACUCUGCAGGCCGUCCAGCAGCUCAUGAAGAAGAACCAGACUCUCCAGAGGGAGCUGCAGGGCCACAGGAGCCGGAUCGAGGACGUCCUGGAGCGGGCGGCCAUCAUCGCUUCCAUUCGCAGCCCGGAGGCCGACUGCGUCAGGGCCGGACACGACCAGCUGGCCCAGCUGUGGGCUCUGCUGUGGGCCGAGACGGAGAGGAGGCAGCUGGUCCUGGACGCCAUGUACCAGGCCCAGCAGUACUACUUUGACACGGCCGAGGUGGAGGCCUGGCUGAGUGAGCAGGAGCUGCACAUGAUGAACGAGGAGAAGGGGAAGGACGAGCCGAGCACCCUGCAGCUGCUGAAGAAACACUUGGUCCUGGAGCAGACCAUCGAGGACUACGCCGAGACCAUCGGCCUGCUGUCACAGCAGUGCCGGCAGCUGCUGGAGAUGGGCCAUCCAGACUGCGAGCAGAUCAGCAAGCGUCAGUCCCAGAUCGACCGGCUGUACGUGUCUCUGAAGGACCUGGUGGAGGAGCGGAAGAGCCGCCUGGAGCAGCAGUACUGGCUCUACCAGCUCAACAGGGAGGUGGACGAGCUGGAGCAGUGGAUCGCCCAGAGGGAGGUGGUGGCCAGCUCGCCCGAACUGGGUCAGGACUUCGAGCACGUGACGGUCCUGCAGGAGAAGUUUACAGAGUUUGCUUCAGAGACGGGCAGCGUUGGGCAGGAGCGAGUGACGGCGGUUAAUCAGAUGGUGGACGAGCUCAUCGACUACGGCCACUCGGAGGCGGCAACCAUCGCCGAGUGGAAGGACGGCGUGAACGAGGCCUGGGCCGACCUGCUGGAGCUCAUGGAGACCCGGGCCCAGAUGCUCGCCGCCUCCCACCAGCUGCACAAGUUCUUCUCCGACUGCAGAGAGGUUUUGGCUCAGAUUGAGGACAAACAUCGAAGGUUGCCAGAGGUCCGGGCUCGGCAGUGCAGCACCGCCAACACCAGCACCCUGCAGAGACUCCUGCACAGCUUCGAGCAGGACAUCCAGCUGCUGGUCACACAGGUGCGUCAGCUGCAGGAGAGCGCGGCCCAGCUGAGGACGGUGUACGCUGGCGAGAAGGCCGAAACCAUCGCCUGCCACGAGCACGAAGUGAUGCAGUGCUGGAAGGAGCUGCUGACGUCCUGCGAGGAGUGCCGGGUGCAGAUCACCACCGAGACGGACAAGCUGAGGUUCUUCGGCAUGGUCCGAGAUCAGAUCAUGUGGAUGGACUCCAUCAUCUGUCAGAUAGGGACAGGAGAGAAGCCCAGGGAUGUGUCCUCGGUGGAGGUGCUGAUGAAUUAUCACCAGAGUCUCAAGAGCGAAGUGGAGGCUCGCAGCCGGAGCAUCCUGGAGUGUAUCGAGAUGGGAAAGACGCUGCUGGCUGCCAGAAACCCUGCAGCCGAAGAGAUCAAGGAGAGGCUGGACAGGGUGAUAGCGAAGCAGCAUGAGCUCUCUGAGAAGUGGGACAAACACUGGGAAGCCCUGCAGCAGCUGCUGGAGGUCCACCAGUUCGCCCAGGAGGCGGUGGUGGCCGAGGCCUGGCUCACCGCUCAGGAGCCGUUAAUCAACAGCAACGAGCUGGGCGCGAGCGUAGACGAGGUGGAGCAGCUGAUCCGUCGACACGAAGCCUUCCGCAAAGCCGCUGCCACCUGGGAGGAGAGGUUCAGCUCGCUGAGACGGCUCACCACGGUAGAGAAGUUGAAAGCAGAGCAGAGUAAACUCCCCCCGACCCCUCUGCUGGGUCGCAAAGUCUUCCUGGACCCACAAGAUGCCUCACCCACUCCGGCCACCCUCCCCCGCCUCCCCAUCUCCCCCGUCAUGAGACAGACCAUCUACGAGCAGAACGAAGCCAGCUCUCCUCCGUCCCCGUCGCCCGCCACCCCGACACCUUCUCCGUCGUCUGCGGUUCGGAGACUCGGCUCGACGGUCGCCAACUACACCCCAGUGAUGAACGGCUCCAGCUACCGCCACACCCUGGAGGCCCGUCAUGGCGGCGUUGUGGGCGUGGCCGCAGGAUUGGGUCAGCCCGCCCCUUCCUCCAUCGCGUCUGUCGCCACGGCGGCCAUGUUGGUUUCAGCCAACCAGGCGAGGGAAAGCGCCACUGCAACAAGGGACAAGGCGGCAAAGGCGAUGAGCCACCUGCAGCCGGUGCAGGCGGCGAGGGAGCUGGAGAUGAAGGCGUCCCCGUAUCUACGGCAACCUAAAAUCAAACACCUGGAUGACGCUGUGACGCCGCUGCUGGUGGCGAGUCGGCUGGAGAAGGCGAGGGAGAGGGAGAGGGGGAGGGAGAGGGAGAUGAUGAUGGGGGAGAUAGUCACGGAGAGGGCGGAGGUGGCGGUGAUGGCCGAGGUGGUGCUGCAGGAGCCGGGCCGGGAGCGCCUGCACAGCGAGCCCACCAGGGGGCCUCGGGGAUCCAGGACCGACCCGCUGGGCCACGCCGAGCCCCAGGUGCACCACCGGGAGCACCGGAUAGAACGGCAGCUGAGCAGUGAGCAGCUGAUCCAGGCGCGACGGGACGAGCUGCCCCAGGAGGUGUGGAGGGAACACGCCGAGAGGAGGGAGAGGCGGACGCUGGAGAGGCAGACGUCCAGCGAACAGGAGGGUCAAGGGGGACAAGGGGGCCACGGGGGCCACGAGGGCCGGCGGAGAGAGAGGGACCGGCACCGGCUGGAGAGGCAGGAGUCCAGCGAGCACGACACCGGGAAGGAGCACUCAGACAGACGCUCCGGAGGAGGAGAGAAGAGAUCAACGCUGGCAGAGAUUGUGGAGCAGCUGCAAGAAAGAGAAGCAGCACAGGCCCGAGGCGAGGUUCCCCGCCUGCCCAACGGGUUACCAGAGAAGUCUUCCCGUCCCGACCGGCCUCGAGCUCGGGACCGACCCAAACCGAGACGCCGGCCGCGACCCAAAGAGGCGGGAGAGACCACGAGGAGGUCGAGGUCGGCUCCGGCCCAGAGCAGCCCAGCGGUGCCCCAGCCGCCUACGCACACAGCACACCACGAGGGCUUCCUUUUCCGCAAGCUGGACAUCGAGAGCCUGAAGAAGAGCACCAAUAGCAGGUCAUGGGUCAACUUGUACUGCGUGCUGAACAAAGGGGAGAUGGGUUUCUACAAGGACGCCAAGAACACCACCACGCCCUACAACAACGAGCCGCUGCUCAGCCUCUCCCACUGCCACUGCGACGUCACCAACGGCUACAAGAAGAAAAAGAAUGUCUUCACGCUCAAAACGAAGGACGGCAGCGAGUUUUUGUUCCAUGCAAAAGAUGAGGAGGACCUUAAAAGUUGGGUGACCAACAUUACCGCUAGUAUCUCGGAGCACGAGGAGAUUGCCAAAUGGGGUCAGCCCCAACCAACUACCUCAUCCACCGACGAGGGCACGCGCCGCGACGGCAGCAAGGCAGACAACCGGUCGGACCGAGGCGGUGAGCGGUCGGACCGGGCCGAGCGGAUGGAGCGGGCAGAGAAGGAGAAGGAGAAAGAGAAGGAGAAGGAGAGGGAGCGAGGUGAGCGGUCGGAGAGGUCGGAUCGAGGCGGGAAGUCGGACGGCAAACGCUCAGAAAAAUCCAGCAAGAAGAAGUGAGCGACACGACAGAUUGGUCAGGAUUGAAGCGUACGAACUCCGGACGGGAGGCGGGGCCGCAGACUGGAAGUGAACGCCCCCCCUCCUGCUGUCCGCCUGCAACACUGUCAACAGAGCAGCUGUGUUUGGACGGAAAAGUGCAGGAUUGACCCAGGCUCACGCAUAGAUUUGAUUUGGAGCAGGAGAACCAUCUCUUCUUCUUCUUCUCCUCUCUCUGUCUCUCUUCUGUGUCUCUGUGAGAACACACAGAGUCACUGCCGCCCCCUGGUGGCCGUAUCAGAGAACUGCAGGAGAUUUAGUGCUGCUGAAGGCGGCGGCGGUGUUAACGUGAGAGAGAGACGGGACACGUUAACUCGAAGGCUGUUACUGGUUGCUGGUAGUGCGAUAAAACGUAGCUCAUACUGUUCCAUGUUUGUUUUUUCUAUGAGAUGAGCUGUAUCUGUAUUUCUUGUCCGUCCGUCUUAUCUACUGUAUCUAUCUGUCUGUCUGUAAGUCGAGACAUCCUACACUAUGUCUUAUUACUCCUCGGAAAGACAAUGAAAUUAUGCCAAAAUGUUUUACAGACGAACGUAGACUCUUUGUUUUUGUGCUUGUUUUAUUCACUUUGUCCCUUCUGUAUCGAGGUCUGGCCGUUAAAAAAUUGUGAAACUGGUUUUAAUUUGGAGAAAUUCAUUCAAAUUCACCGUGGAUGUUUCAGCACCAAUCUUAAGCUUCGUGCUGAUUUAGGAAAUUUGAGACAAGAGAAGAGUAGAAAUAUGACCUGAGUAGCCAACUAUAAACCUUUGUUUAAGAAUAGAAAAGAAAUUUAAUUAAAAAAUACACGCAAAAGCUGAAAAUCUCGACCCGAAUAAAGAUCAUAGCUUGGAAACUUUCUAGAAAUGUAAUCAAACUUAAUGUUAAAAUCUGCCCUAUAAAGAAAACUUAGCAGCUUUCCUUCCUUUGUGUAGAACUGAUUUAGAAUUACAGGUUUUCUAGUGAAGAUUUCUGGAGGACAGUUGAACAGUUUGGGCUCAAAAUCUGUUUUCUAAAGACGGUUCUUGGAUCUGGUUCCCAGGGGCCUCAUUCAUUAAAAUACUCUCUUUCCUUUACUUAAUGAAUAAAUCAGCAAAAAAAGUACAGCAUUCAUAUUUUUGGGUAGCUGUAGAGGCUAUGAUUUCCUUUUUGAUAAAUUAGCAGAAUUCAUCGCAACCUGCUUGUUUCACCGUGAAUUACAUGUUUGGCUUUCGUCAUAAGCACAAAACGUGGCAUGUUUUUAAUGAAUGAGGCCUUCAGGACUGAAAACAGGCCUCAUCUACUCUUUUAUUCUCUUGCAACAUCGAACUGCUCGUUGGAGAUUCUCUUUGAUUUAUUCACGCAAAUCUGUUGCAUCCGUUUUUAUACAGAAUUCAAAAAAAGAUAUCUUGUUUGUGUCAGUGUGUGUGUGUGUGUGUGUGUGUGUGUGCAUGAGCGAAUGUGUGUGCUGCUGCUCUCCGCUCCCAGGGUCUCCAUAGCUCUCAGGUUAUUUAUGUUGGUGUGUGCUUAGUGUGUGCUUCACGUGUUCAUAUGUUCGUCCCCUCAGAAGUCACCUCAGUCUUCCAGAUAUGUCUGAUCCACAGCACAGAUCUGCACGCAGGUUUCUAUCUUUGUGAGGACCAAACUGGAUUCUGUCCCUAAAACCAAAUCUGAACCCUAAAGCACUCAAAAACAUCCUCGAUUUGCACAAAUGCGCUCAUUCACGAAGUGUGAAACUCAACCCUGUCCUCACAAAGAUAGCCGUACAAAUACAACACACACUCACAGGUCAUGAGGUUUCAAAUGUCAGAGGUUAUAAAACAGAGUGUAAGAAGGUCAUGGAAUGUAAAUGGCCGACUUCAUAACAGAAUAAAUAAGAGAAUGAGCUGACACACCGAUGAGAGCCAGAAGAUCAGACCGACCGAACAUUUAAAACGUGGGUUCAGCUGUCUGCAUGUUUUCAUGUUUCUGCUUGAAGAGGAAUCACUCGUCUUUGCAGCGCGCCGACUCUGCAUCGGUUUCUGUUUAAUUUCCUGUAAACUCACCGUAAAGCCAUAAACAAACAGAGGGGGAAAAAGAUAAUUAUCAGAGUCUGGUUAGCUGGUAGGUAAAUGCAGUGGGAUAAAUCUGUGAAGCUCCUGCUGUGGAGGCUGAAUUCAAGCUGCCCUGGUAGGUGCGUCAUGGUCGGAGAGCAUUUAAAAUCCUGUUCAAAACCCUUUUCCUGCUGCUGGAUGGAAACCUCGUUGAGCUGCAGCUCUUUAGCUCGAGUCCAACUGAAAUUCAUUUGUUUGUUUGCUGUUCCACUCAGUAAAUCACUUGCUCUGUAUUCUCCAGAAACCAACAGGAUUAAAUUAAUGUUCUUUGAUUUUAUGGUAGAUUUGCGUUAACUUAGUGUCAUCCUCAGAAAAAAAAAGCUCAGAAAUCUGGUUAACUAGGUGCACAUUUAGCACACCAUCCACUUAAUCCUCAUUAUUUAACUAUUUUCUGUUUCACAAGAUUGAAUAAAGAUUCUUGAAAGGUGAAAAACAGCUGCUGGUUAAUUAAAAUCCCAUUUGAAGUGUUUUUUCUUCUGUCAUAGAAGGAAAACUGACUUCAACACAAGAUUUCUGCUUUAUCGCAAGUGCUUUUCAAAGUGUUUUUCUGUUUUAUCAGACAUUAUUAAACAUUAUGAAUGAGGAUUAAUUGCUUCACAGAGCUUGUAAUUGUCUUGUUGCCCAUAAAACAUCACUCCAAGGUCUUUUUUCUUCCCCUUAAAAUAAAAAAAAAUCUAGCUGAACUUAGUUUUGGCUGCAAACAGGAAUGGGUUCAUUUGAUUUUAGUUGGACUUUAAAUGCAAAAGUUUAAAUUAUUCCUUCCCUGAGCGGUUAGAUAUCUAUAUGUAUUAAUGAUAAAGUCAUGAGCUAACAGUGUUGUGAAAUCUAUUGUUUUCCAGUUUUUCAAAAAUGUUUUUCUUCAGGAUUUUAAAUUCUCUCCUGACCUGUUUCUGUUUAUCAUUUAAAAGAAAAAAAACAUCUUAAGAACUUGUAAUUUCUUUCACGUUUUUUUUCGCACAUGUCUUAUGCAUCUGUAUUAGGUGGGAAUGCCAGAUCAAUGCAAUCAUUUACAUGCAUGUCGAACACAACAAACACAGAGUUAAGAGUUUUAAAUGAGCAGACGGAAGCGGUUAAGAUUCUAACGUUGUUGCUGUUGAUACUCAGAGGACAGAGCGAGCAGAACGGCGAACCCACUGACAGAUUUCCAUCAUUUCACACCGCUGACAUCACAAAGUACCAGAGAACGUGUGGAAGUCGACAUGUUUGACAUCAUGAUAGACUGGAGUUCAAAACACAAGUUCAGGUUUGGUUGAAACAAUCUGAAAGUUGGUGGUUCGGACGAGGCAAACCCACCCGUCUGUUGCUGUUCUGUUCACAUCAGCCCAGAUUGAAAUGACAAAUAAACACCUUUGGGUUUGUCAUUAAUGUGUUUUUAGUCGGUGUGUUUUCUUUUCGCGCUGGAGAUGAAUGUAAAGCUUUGUUGUUGGAGAUCGGCGUUUCCUCCUGCGCUCUGGAAAGGAUGCUGGAACCAGACGGAAGAGCUGGUAGAAGGUGAAAUCUUUAAGCAGAGGGAAACACUGGUGCAGAUUUUCUGCCACUAAUGCAAAGAAAGUUCAGUUUUCAGACUUUGACAUGUUACAUCUUGUAAACCAAAACCACUCAGUAGUAUGCAGUAAAACGGAGUCUUACUUUAAGAGGAUUGUAGAAGGGUGUGUUCAGGGAUUCAUGUUGUCGAUGUUGAUGAUGAUGGCGAUGAUGAUGAUGAUGUCCAUGGUAGCAAUGAGACUUUAUGCAACUUUUACUUUGCACUAGGGACGCCGGCCUGCUGCAGAGCCGAGGCCUGGUGCUCAGUGGUGCCGGGGAUCCUGCAGAGGGACGUCAGAUCCGGAAAAGUUAGGUAGAAGGACGUUUUAUCCGAGGCCUUUUUAAGGAUCUGUUGCCAUCUGAGAAAAGCCUGAAUUGACUUUUUUGUUUUUUUGCUUUGUUUCAUGCUCUCCACCUCCUGUGAUGGUUAACAAGUCGAGAAAUUCAUGCUUGAGAUUAAAAAAAUCACAGAAACUACAAAAAACUCCCAUCAUUCUUUGGUUUCUGCUUGUCAAAUGAGCAAAUUUACUCUUUUUUCUUAGUUUUAGAGCAUCAAAAAGUGAAUAUUUUUCAGUUUGUCUGAUUUUUUUUUGCCAAAUUAGUAAAAAUUGGUGAUUCUAACUACUAGAUAUGUCAAUAAUAAAAAUACUGUAAUGUUGCAGCUCUAAUUCAUCAAACUAUCAAAGGCUGUUCAAUCUGCCAUUGUCCAUUAAUUCUACGUAGAAGCUCUGUCUUCAUCUUCUGUUUACAUAUUGCCACUCAGGAGCAGAGAAAAGCGUCGUUCCUUCAUCAAAAUGGUCACGACACACACAAAACGCACACUGCCUGGAGUAGAAAAUCAUAAAAUGUUAAUACUUUGAAUAGGGCUCAUAUACUGAAGUUUAAAGCUGAAGUAUAAUUUUAUGUUUUUUAGUGUUUAUAUAUGUUUCUGAGGACAAUCAGGGCUGUUAAAUUUAACAACAUGUUGAUAGGAAUAUGUGUGGUUCAGUCGGUGAUUUGGGGAGUUUGUUGAUCUUUCGUUAGAGGUUUAUUAGCUAUAAAUGCUCCAAUCAGGUUCAUUAUUUCCCAUGAAGCCUUUCUAGCAACUAACAUCUGCAGUGUUUCUUCCGUUUUAGUCACAGGUGUAGAGAGAUUAAGCUCGACUAUUGCAGAAACUCUUCAUUUAACCAUAAAAAUAAAGAAAGCACAAUAUUUUUGUAUCAGUUAUGUUAAGUCAAAUCCCUGAACGCUUGUUUUUUUACAGUUAAUGAGGCAUUUUGCUUCAUAUCUGUUCAGCAUUUCUGAAUUCAUAUGUGUAGUCUUGCCUUUAAACCUUCAAAAUUACCUAAACACCUUGAUUUGUUUUUUUUCUUUGCAGACGAUGCUAUGUUCUUUUCUGUAAAUAAUUAACCAAAAACAUUUAGUUUCUUUUUUAUUUUUUUGGAGCUCCAGAUCAAUGUGGUUCACCAUCUUAGGAUGAUCCAACCCGGUCUCACGGGGAUUCGUGAAACUGUGACGCAAGUUUUUGUUUCGGUUUCAUGCGCACCAACACGAUGUCGUCAUGUUUUUCGUGCAGCUCACCACGAACGAAACCCGCUGUGGUAAUCACAUCUGAAAGUGGUUUAUACCGGCGGAUUCAUGACGAUCUAAGCUGUCCGUCGGCGUUUGCGGCCGUCGCCGCGGCCACCAGACAUUCUUUAAAUUCCUAUGCGAAUUCGUCGGAUUCAUGACGAUCUCAGCUGUCCAUCGGCGUUUGCGGCCGCCGCUGCGGCCGCUGCUGCAGCUGCUGCCGCAGCUGGAUGUCCGGCGGCCGCAGUGGCGGCCGCGGCGGCGGCCGCAAACGCCGAUGGACAGCUUAGAUCGUCAUGAAUCCGACGAAUUCGUAUAGGAAUGUAAAGAAUGUCCGGCGGCCGCGGUGGUGGCUGCAGUGGCGGCCGCAGUGGCGGCCGCAAACGCCGAUGGACAGCUUAGAUCGUCAUGAAUCCGCCGGUAUAAACCACUUUCAGAUGUGAUUACCACAGCGGGUUUCGUUCGUGGUGAGCUGCACGAAAAACAUGACGAAAUCGUGUUGGUGCGCACGAAACCGAAACAAAAACUUGCGUCACAGUUUCACGAAUCCCCGUGAGACCGGGUUGGAUGAUCAGACAGUCGAACACACUUUUCUGCAGGAAAUAAGCCCAAACCUCAUGUGCCCCGAGCAGAUUCAAGCAAGCAGUUAUGUCUUUGUGUUAAUCCACCACCAGCCAAAGAUAAACCAGUGAAUGCUGAAUUUAAUUUGGUGUUUUCAGCUGACCUGCUGCCAUAGCUUCUCCCCAACCAGGAGCCCCGAGCACCACUGUCCGCCCGCCCUCGGCCUGCCUGUCUCUCUGUAUGCCUGCCUACAGCAACCUGAUAAUGUACAAAUAUAAUUACUGAGAAGUAUUUUCUGUAAAAACAAGCGAGAAAAGAAGUUUAUCCGCGGUGACACUGGGAGAACUGCCCCUUGUCUUUGCUAUGUUGAACUUUUCCGAGUCUGUGGUGAAGUGAGAUUGCUGAUUUGUACCAGGAGUCGGGUUGAAAACGAUCCACACCUCCUCCCACACAAACACAUCAGGACAAAGAGGUUGCAUGAAUGACAUAGUCUCUAUUACGGUACUGCUGUGCAUGUCUUGAAGUCCCAUCUCUCCACUAUACAAUCACUGUAACAUACCGGGGCGACACAAACUACCAACAUGGAAAAAGGUGAAUGAAUGAACCAAUAAUGUAUAAAAUGAUCAGAACCAACUGCUAAUCAUUGACUCUGUACAGUUGUUUCUUUGAAUUGAUAAAUACAGAUUGUGAUAUUGAAAGAUAAA